GGAACAAUUGUCGAAACGUCAUUUCCGCAUUCAAAUAGUACAACUUUUUCGUCGAUUCCGGGGGUUUAUUGCGUAUUUGUUUUUGUCGCUUGUUGUUUUUGUUAACCACAAUAUUGUAAAAGUUGCGAUCAACUGUGUAGGACCAGUAGGGAAGUGGAGUUUUUUUCCUACCCCCGAGCCGCUUUCUCGACAUUUUCGGAAGGCGGCUCGCUUAGAACAGUUGUGAAUGUAUGAACCGUAUAAGUACGACCCUAUUGUACAAUAAGUUUCAUCUCCACCCAGCACAACUCCACACGACCAUUUCCGAGCCUAUCUUGAAAUAGUAAGACAAAACAAAAACUCCACUUCCGUUUCACCAUGCCAGAGAAGACAAAGUCUCCCCCGGAGACGAAGAACAGUCUCGAUGGCGUCGUGGAGGCCACAGGCGGGUUGGAUGACCCCGGCCUGUCAGCUGCACUGUCGGGAAACCUGAAAGAGACGCCGCGAACGAAAGAGGCCCUGAAAAGAUGCGGGGUGCUGAUGAGCGAGCUGAAAAUCAAGUCCUUUCAGGAUUUUCACCGGCCAACGGUAGGAAUGCUUGGUUUUCAAGUUUUACGUAGUGUUUCUUGGGCUCGCGAAGACAGUGUGUUUCGUGUCAAGCCCAUCAUUCAGAUGUGGCAUUUCUAUGUAGCGAUGAACUUCUUUUUGGGAAAGCAAAAAAUACAAUUAUCAAACGUACUUCACAGGACACCAUCGAGAAGCAGCGCCUUCGAUACAACCACUACGAAACGAGAAGGCAGGCCAAGCUCAGUCUCGUCCUACAGGAAAGGGCAAAGGUGUUUUUUUUGCUGGUUCUAAUUACAUGCGUAGCUAGUAGUCUCUGCCUCGGAAGAAUGACUCACGCGCGAGUCUUGUGAAAAACUCGAAGCACUUUUGUCACAAAUUGAAACUUACUAUGAGGUCUUCGUCGAAAUGACGAAAAAGCAGACGGAAGGGAACUCAAACGUAAAGAGUUAUCAGGGUAUGCACAUGCUGGAGCAGUUGCUUGACGCCGAAGCCGGGCGAUUGGAGGGCGAACUGAAGCAGCAGCUCAGGUUUUUUUUUGAGUUUGUUUCCGCUCCUUUGCGUGGUUGUAGAGUAGAUUCCGAAGAAUGAAUGUUGAGAGCCAUUUUCGGAUGUGGUAAAAAAGCAGAAACACCAUCUCCCCCUUCCAACCAGGUAUCAUACCGUGGUAGAAAAUGAGAACAAGGAGCAACUUGAAAAGGAGCAAGCUUUGCGAGAAAAGCAGAAAAAACGAACAGAAAAGAGCAACCUUGUGAAGGAAGAGAAGGCCGCCCGAGUAAAGCAGAAUGCAGUGGGUAACGACGCCAAAUUGGAGCACUCGAGAAAGAUAUUAAAAGACAUCAAGGUAGGUCUACUUUCGUUUUUCUUUGUUUCGGGGAUUGCUAGCUGGUUCCCGGAACAACGCCGUCUGGGCUAGACUAGAUCCAACGAAAGGAAAAGUCAAAAAACCUACAUCAAAACAGCAAAACCACGAGGCCAAAUGUGCGAAUUUCCUGUCGCACGUGCUAGAGACGGAAGUCAGAAUACGGGAGUUUCGGGCGUCGCAGAGCGGGAGAAAUUUCGAGAAGAGCGAGGCAUGGAAGGGCAAGGUCGCGAACAUACAAAAGAACUUCGAAACCAUCCAAGAAGAGCGCAUGAUCCAUGGGCUCAAGCAACUGAAGAAAAAGGAAGCGAAGUUCGCCCUGAAUGACGUACUCCUUUAAGUUGUCGUGCUGCUUCCACUGCUGAUGUUGUAGUUUCACUCUCGUUGUCGGACGCUUCCUUGUACGUCUUUGCAAGUAGUUUUUUUUUGAUGCCUUUCAAAGAAUACGAUUGUCGCGUUUUUUAAGAAAUUGUCGUGAUAAAGUAUUUAUUUGAUACGUUAUUUGAUAGUCAAUUGCAAUUCAACAUAACAGGAAAAGAAGAAGCGGGAGGUGGCCGCGAACGAAGUCCGAAACGCCGAGAAGCAGCUGCGAGUCAUAGAUGUGCUGGACAAAAAGCACCGAAUAGACCGACAGAUCGAGGCGCGCAAUGAUCGGGUAUGAGGACAGCACCUGUAGUUUUUUCAUGAUAAAGGAUGAAGUAUGAUCAUUUAUUUCCAGGAAAAGGUAUGUUACUAUGCGAAGCGAUAAAGUUUUUAGCUUAUAAAAAAAACAAAAAAAUUCCUAGAUGCGGGAGGAAGCGACUCACGCGCACAGCAGGAUAACGACGCUUUUGAAUCUUAAGGACCAGAUCGUGAAGCAGAGAAAAGCCCGUAUCUUCCAGCAGAGCGCACUCAAGGGCCGCGCCUUGAACAUCAAAAACAUCCCAACGGGGCCCGGGCAGUACUAUUUUAUCGUUAGUGCUUCUGCUACUAAUGGAAAUGGGAGUGCUAUUAGCUUUCGACGUCGAUGCACGUUCUGCAAAUUCAGGAUGGCAACAUCCCAGAUAGGAUGGCUGUGCAAAGCUAGCUCUCUGUACUUCUGGGCAGUCAUGAUACUUGAAAUUGAAAAUUGUGGCGCGACAAUUGAAUCGCCACCGCCUACACGACAGGUACGACAUCGAUCGCGACCGCGUGUUGCGUGAGCAGCCGGUCCCCCGCAUGCCGCUUCCGCCCAAGAACCACGAGGGUGGCAGCCUGUUGCUGAGCUCGACCGGACCUCCGCCGGGGAGCUACGACGUGCAGCUGCUGCCCGACGGGAAGCGCAUCGACACGGCGGUCAACCGCACUGUGAUCUUCACGAAGGGGUCCGUGCCAAACUUUAUCGAAGACAACGUACGAAAGUUCCGCGACAACCCAGGGCCGGGAACCUACAAAGUCGCGGGAUCAGGUACUUACUUACUUCUACAGGGUAGUUUUACGGCGGUUCGUGUCGAAAUAUAGUUGGGUGCUGGAAGAAGUGCUUGAUAUUUUUCAACACAGCUUGGUUGUCUGGAAAAAUUUGCAGGUCACUAAAAACAUGUGUAAAAAAUUCGUCUUUCAGGUAUCGACGAGAACGCGCCUACGGCGGUGAUCCGCCCCGAUAUGGUCAAGGCGGAAAACAAGGGUGGCGAGCAGCUCUACGUACCCCCGGCCUGGGCCGAGGACUUUGCGAAGACGCCCGGACCGGCAGCGUAUCUGACGGACAAAUUUCUCCGGGACGAGGAGUCUUCCAAGCGCAUGGAGACCAUCCCGAAUCUCGGCAAAGCCAUCGCGUUGCAGAAGUAGAAGUCAGGGACCAGGGGAGAAAAAGUCUUUGUAUCUUUCUGCUCUCGCGGGCUUUCGACGUUGUGUCGACGGUUCGUCGUCGUCGUCGUAGUUUUCGAACUCUAUAGUUUUAUAGCCUUGUUUCUUGAUGAAUGAUUAUCCAAAUGAACAAAAAAUUUGCACAAAAGUUGUCAAUCGUCUUUUACAAUGAACGUCUAGUUUGCGUGCAGGGAAUUUCUACCAGUGUACCAAACUAAUCGAAAGUAUUGCGUUUUAUGCAAAAAUGUUGAACUAGUUCACCGAUUUCCGUUUCAAUAAAUCCACACUAUAAUGCGAGCUGCUGCGUAUCACGUUGGUAUUGCAAUUCAUCAGUUGUUGUACGGUAAACAGUAAAUCCAAAUGAUGGCAUGAGAAAAUUCUAACUCGGAUGAUCGUGGAAAUGAUAAUGCGACAGACAAAUAAAUUGUAUGCUACGUGAUCUUGGCUCCGAUGUACAUGAUGAGAAAAAGAAAUGGUGCUCGCUCGGACAAGAUCUGGAGCUCUGUGAAAU